AUGCCCGGCUUCGACUACAAGUUCCUGGAGAAGCCAAAGCGGCGGUUGCUGUGCCCACUGUGCGGGAAGCCCAUGCGGGAGCCCGUGCAGGUGUCCACCUGCGGGCACCGCUUCUGCGACACCUGCCUGCAGGAGUUCCUCAGCGAAGGCGUCUUCCAGUGCCCAGAAGACCAACUUCCCUUGGAUUAUGCCAAGAUCUAUCCGGACCCCGAGCUGGAGGUGCAGGUGCUGGGCCUGCCCAUCCGCUGCAUCCACAGCGAGGAGGGCUGCCGCUGGAACGGGGCACUUCGACACUUGCAGAGCCACCUGAGCGCCUGCGGCUACAACGUGGUCUCCUGCCCCAACCGCUGCAGCGCCAAGCUGAGCCGCCGCGACCUGCCCGCCCACCUGCAGCAGCUCUGCGCCAAGCGCCGCCUCAAGUGCCAGUUCUGCGGCAGUGACUUCAGCGGCGAGGCCUACGAGGGCCACGAGGGCUUGUGCCCGCAGGAGAGCGUGUACUGUGAGAACAAGUGCGGCGCCCGCAUGAUGCGUCGGCUGCUGGCUCAGCACGCCAACGCCGAGUGCCCCAAACGCACCCAGCCCUGCCCCUACUGUACCAAGGAGUUCGUCUUUGACACCAUCCAGAACCACCAGUACCAGUGCCCACGCUUCCCUCUGCCCUGCCCCAACCAAUGCGGAACGGGCGCCGUCGCUCGCGAGGACCUGCCCGGGCACCUGAAGGACAACUGUAACACGGCCCUGGUGCUGUGCCCCUUCAAGGACGCCGGCUGCAAACACCGGUGCCCGAAGCUGGCCAUGUCCCGGCACGUGGAGGAGAGCGUGAAGCUGCACCUGGGGCUGACGUGGGCCCUGGUGAGCCGGCAGCGACAGGAGCUCCAGGAGCUGCGCCGGGACGUGGAGGAGCUGGCGGCGGGCAGCGACGGCGUCCUGGUGUGGCGCAUCGGCGGCUACGGGCGGCGGCUGCAGGAGGCCCGGGGCCGGCCCAACCACGAGUGCCUCAGCCGCCCCUUCUACACCCACAAGUACGGCUACCGGCUGCAGGUGUCCGCCUUCCUCAACGGCAACGGCAGCGGCGAGGGCACCCACCUGUCGCUCUACAUCCGCGUGCUGCCCGGCGACUACGACAACCUGCUGGAGUGGCCCUUCGCCCUGCGCGUCACCUUCUCCCUGCUGGACCAGAGCGACCCCUCCCUGGCCAAGCCGCAGCACGUCACCGAGACCUUCCACCCGGACCCGCACUGGAAGAACUUCCAGAAGCCGGGGGCCUGGCGCGGCUCGGGGAGCUCGGGGGCCGCCCUGGGCUUCGGCUACCCCAAGUUCAUCUCCCACGAGGACAUCCGCAAGCGCGACUACGUGCGCGACGACGCCCUCUUCAUCCGCGCCGCCGUGGAGCUGCCGCGGAGGAUCCUGGCCUGAGCCGCCGGGCCCGAGGGCGAGCCAGGCUGGGGCGGGUCCCCUCUUGGACGCCUCGGGGCCCGGAUGCCCCCCCGGUGCUCCCACAUCUCAGGGGCCUGAUCGUGGUGCUUUCCCGGGCCGAGGCUGGGGGCCCUCCCGGGCCCCUGCCCGGUCCCUACCAGCCCCCGUAGCAGGGCUGGGCUCCAGGCCCGGGGCCUGGCUUUGGCCGCCCGGGCCGCUCUGGUUAUUUAUCGGUCGGGGCGGCGGCAAGGCAGC